CUGCCGAGCCGCAGAGCUGACCGGCCUGGCCCGGGGCCCUCUGCGCUGUCCCCCAUUGUAUCGGAACCCUAAAACAUAAGAAUAAAACAACAACAAGAAAAAGAAAAAGACUAAAUUGUGACAAAGACCCGACUGGUUAGGUUUAUAUUUUAUACUCAACUGGGUUCUCUUUUAUAAGGUCCUCCCCAUCUGGUGCUGCAACAAUGAGUGGGAAAUCUCUGCUCUUAAAGGUCAUUCUCUUAGGUGAUGGUGGAGUUGGAAAGAGCUCCCUUAUGAACCGUUAUGUAACCAAUAAAUUUGACUCCCAGGCUUUUCACACCAUAGGGGUAGAGUUCUUAAAUCGAGAUUUGGAGGUAGAUGGACGCUUUGUAACACUCCAGAUUUGGGACACUGCAGGACAAGAACGUUUCAAGAGCCUCAGGACACCCUUCUACAGAGGAGCAGACUGCUGCCUCUUGACCUUCAGUGUGGAUGACCGGCAGAGCUUUGAGAACCUUGGUAACUGGCAGAAAGAAUUCAUCUACUAUGCAGAUGUGAAAGACCCUGAGCACUUCCCUUUUGUAGUUCUGGGUAACAAGGUAGACAAAGAGGAUAGGCAGGUGACUACAGAGGAGGCACAAGCCUGGUGCAUGGAGAAUGGGGAUUACCCUUAUUUAGAAACAAGUGCCAAAGAUGAUACUAAUGUGACAGUGGCCUUUGAAGAAGCUGUCAGGCAGGUGUUGGCUGUGGAGGAACAGCUGGAGCACUGCAUGUUAGGUCACACUAUUGACUUGAACAGUGGCUCCAAAGCAGGAUCUUCAUGCUGUUAAAAGUAGAAAGCCUUUAAAAAAUGUGCCCCAAAUUGAUCAGUCAGUAGUGUAAGAAUAAUUGUGCCCAUCUAAGAGUGUGCACACACACACAUACACAUACACACACACACACACACACAAAGGGGUAUGAGACUAAGUUGUGAUUGUGAAGCAAAGCCUUUCAGACUGAAGUUGUAGAGCGAUUUAAAAAAAGCUUUAUCAAGUGUAUUUUGCGUGAUAUCUACUAUUUCCUCCUUGUGUGUAUCAGGAUGUUUAGAAAGCUUUAGUCCUGAGGGACUUCAAUAUUUUUUCAAAUCACAGUUUAAACUUAGCACCCAGUCGCAUGAAGGAGUUAAAGAGCUACAGCUAUCCCUCAAAGCGUUUCAUUAAUCAACUAACAAAUGACAUCAUUGACUCUUGCCUAGCAGUUUCUGACAUUUCUGCCAAAGGGGGAAAAAAAAAAACGAAGACUCUGAGCUGUAUUACAGUAAAUAAUAAUAAUGCAACAAGGAUGUCCUAAGCUUGAAUUAGAAAGAGGUUGCAAUGAUUAUGAAUGCAAAAGUAUAAUGAUGUACACUGCCUUGUUUAAAUCCCUAUGUAUGGUUUGUUCCCAUCUGAGCUUUUCAAAAAAUACCAUCUCAAUAUGAGAUAAACUGAUGGCAUUGGGACUUCAUUUUACUCCAUGCGUUUGAAGAAACAAGGCACUAAUAAAUGGAUUAUGCUUAAAUAUGCCAACCACCCUUGCAAAUGAAUGGUUGGUCCACUUUUACUUCGUAAGUUUACUUUUGCUGCAAAAGGUGUUGCUUCACUGACAACCUCUUAUCAAUUUAUCAAUGCUGCUAUAGUAUAUGGCUUUGGAUGUAGUGCUCUCUGCUCAUAAUUUUGAUGGUCCUUUGGUCCACCAUGCUUUGUGUCCAGAGAAGCCUUCAGAAAAGAUUGGGGGAUAAUGGGCUUUUCUCACGAGGUGUUCCUUAACUCAAAUAUUUAUUGUGAAAAAGGAACCGAUUCCUUGUAUGUUGCACUGUAUGUUCAGCUGGCCAAACUACAACAUGAAAAGUGGCAAGAGAGCGGAAUUUAACCCAGUGUUAGAAUCAAUUUCUCAUAAUUAUAGUUGUCCAGCAGUAGAACGGACUGCCUUAAUAAUGAACUCCCUUCCCAUGAAAAUACUCAAAUAGAUGUUGGAUGAACACCUGUUAAAAUACCAUAAAGAGAAUUUCUGUACUAGGUAGAUGUUCAGUUUAAGGUCUCUUCCGGCUCAACAUUCUACAAAUCUAUAAACUACAAACUAGGUUUCAGUGCCAUGUUGCAAUUAGAUGUAUGUAUCUUAAGACAACAACCAUGAAUAUGGAGAGGAGGAACUUUAAAAAUCCUCAAACUAUUCUGGAAUCAGCAUUUAAAAGCAACUAUAGGAGCUCUUCCUUUUCUUUUGUACUAAGUCAAGGAAAAGUUUUGAGCUCUGAAUAAUCAUGUGCCCUGAUAUGAAGAUCCUAAAGAUACUGUAUUAAAAUAUGAACAUGGUUUGUCAAAUUUUUAUUGCCAUGACUGCCGGCUAUCUACUAUAUUAUGCGUAUGCAGUCUAGUUAUUGUUGGUUGAUCUGUUUGUCUUGCAUAGCUUUUAAUCUGUAAUUUUAAAAGAGCUAUGAUAAAAAUAGCGACCCGAGGUAGUGAGGAACAGUUAGAAAUGACCCCAAAAAGAGACCCUAGGGAGGGGAGGGAUGGGAGCUUUCACAGGAAUACAGCCUAGAACUCUCCAUUGUAGCCACAUAUGGAAUCAGCCUUACACAUGGGACCUUAUGUGCUUUAAGAGCUCUGGGACUUUUUGGCCACAUAGACGAGUAGAGGAUGGUAUUUCAACCCAGUCAUGCUGAAUAUUUCCUAUUUAAAUAUAGUCCUGACUCCACAGUCCAAUUAACUUUGAUGCCUGAAGUCAAAGCCAGAACUGGGACCCCACAGCUCUUAAGUAUUGGUCCCUAUCCUGCCGAUGCCUAUAGCUAGCCACACUGGUUUCCAAGUUCUAUGAUAAUUUUGCUACAAUUAUGUUAAGGUGAAACUAUGUAUGUCAGAACUGUUAAAUGCUAAUUGUUUUUAAGUGCAUGAGACCUGGGGCCUUCUCUUUCUAUUUGCACUCUGCUUAUAAUAGUUUCUCUCUAUAGAUCUCAGGCCUUCAUAAAGACCUCCAUCCACUCACUUGUCUCUAUUAGAAUGGCAUGUGGUCAUUUAACUAAAAAAAAUUCUGUGGGUAUCUCAUGCAUAGGCCUCCUGUCCAUCCAAGACAAGUGUUAAUUUUAUUAGCAGGUCAACUGAAGCCCCUUUUCUCUUGGCCAUUCGACAUUUUAUUCUGCCAAAUCACAACACAAUAUCCUAAUGGAAGCACUUAACAUUAAGUGACAAAAACAGCGAUUUUUGGUGAGUAACACUCAGUGUGGUGCUGACAUAUGGUUUGGGUAAGAUUAAAAACACCAAAGGCUGAAAUCUGUGAGUACCAGGAACAGUGCAUAUAGGCUUAGAAAUUGACUGUGUACCCCAAAAUGUGCAGUGCAAUAUUUUCAGUAGGUGUUUUUUUAUGAACACGUGAUAUUUUGAAGAAGCUAUUUCCCAUUGUUACUAUACUGUUUUCUGAUGAUCACACAGAAUAUUUAUUUAAUUUAUUUUCAUGUAGUAGGCUAAUUUUCAGGGGGCCUCAGAUUCCAUGUUUUCAGUGGAUUGAUGAAUUUCAGGUUCAUUUGUGCCUGUCUCAGCCAUCUCUACUUUACCCUGAGGUAUUCCACAAUCCUCUUGUUGCAGGUGCUGCUAAAAACUCAAAAUUGUGUAUCAGAUAUUUUGUUUGAACCAUAAAAAUCAUCUGCGUUAAAGUGAA